AUUUGUUUGUAAAUGCAUCAUAAACAGACAGCCCAGAAUGAAGAAAGCAAGCAGGAGUGUUGGCUCAGUGCCCAAAGUGCCUGGAGUAAAUAAAACUCAAACAACUGAAAAAGCCAAACCAGAAAACGGCUCCUCAGUGUCUGCAGUAACAAAACUCUCCAAAACUGGGACAUCGGCAUCUCUUUUGAAGACUAAGAGUAACGAUGACCUCUUAGCGGGGAUGGCUGGUGGUGGGGGAGUGACAAUGACCAACGGUGUCAAGGCCAAGAAGAACACUUGUGUGUCAACAGCAUCUUCAGCUCCAGGGACAGCCAUGAACAGUCUGGAAAAUAAACCCAAAACUAUUGCAGGUACCAGUUCCACAGCGAAGCGCAGCGCCUCGUCUGGGAAUAAAGAGUCAAGCUCUUCCAGAGAGAGGAUCCGCGAUCGUUCCCGUUUGAGCCAGAGCAAAAAGCUGCCUUUGGCGGGACAGGGCGCCAACGACGCGGUCCUGGCCAAGCGCUCCCGCAGCCGCACCAACCCCGAGGCGGACAUUCGCAUGAGCAAGUCCAAGUCAGACAAUCAAAUCAGCGACAAAGCUGCGUUGGAAGCGAAGGUGAACGAUCUCCUGACGUUGGCGAAAACUAAAGAUGUGGAAAUCUUGCACCUGAGAAAUGAACUUAGGGAUAUGCGGGCUCAGCUGGGACUCAACGAAGAUCAGCUUGAAGGUGAUGAAAAAUCGGAAGAAAAAGAGGCCAUUGUUGUCCAUCAGCCGACCGAUGUAGAGUCUACACUGCUGCAGUUACAGGAACAAAACACCGCCAUCCGAGAAGAGCUCAACCAGCUGAAGAAUGAGAAUCGAAUGUUAAAAGACAGACUGAAUGCACUGGGCUUUUCUUUGGAGCAAAGGCUGGACAACUCUGAAAAACUGUUUGGCUAUCAGUCUUUGAGUCCAGAGAUUACAGCUGGCAACCACAGCGAUGGUGGUGGCACUCUGACAUCUUCAGUGGAAGGUUCUGCUCCUGGGUCAAUGGAAGACUUGUUAAGUCAGGAUGAAAACACUCUGAUGGACAACCAACACAGUAAUUCCAUGGAUAAUUUAGACAGCGAGUGCAGUGAAGUUUAUCAGCCACUGACAUCAAGUGAUGAUGCUUUAGAUGCUCCAUCAUCUUCAGAGUCUGAAGGAGUACCAAGUAUAGAAAGAUCUAGGAAGGGAAGCAGUGGCAAUGCGAGUGAAGUGUCCGUAGCUUGUCUCACGGAACGGAUACAUCAGAUGGAAGAGAACCAACACAGUACAGCUGAAGAGCUCCAAGCCACACUUCAAGAGCUUGCUGAUUUGCAACAAAUAACACAAGAGCUGAACAGUGAGAAUGAAAGACUUGGAGAGGAAAAGGUAAUCCUUAUGGAAUCUUUGUGCCAGCAGAGUGACAAGUUAGAACACUUCAGCCGUCAGAUCGAGUAUUUCCGGUCCCUUUUAGACGAGCACCACAUCUCGUACGUGAUCGAUGAGGACAUGAAAAGCGGUCGCUACAUGGAGCUGGAGCAACGUUACAUGGACCUGGCAGAGAACGCCCGGUUCGAGCGAGAGCAGCUGCUGGGUGUCCAGCAGCACUUGAGCAACACUUUGAAGAUGGCAGAACAAGACAACAAGGAGGCCCAAGAGAUGAUAGGGGCGUUGAAGGAACGAAAUCACCACAUGGAACGGAUUAUUGAGUCAGAGCAGAAAAGCAAAACAGCGCUGGCGUCUACCUUGGAGGAGUACAAAACCACAGUGGCCAGUGACCAGAUCGAGAUGAACAGGCUGAAGGCUCAGUUAGAGCACGAAAAGCAGAAAGUGGCCGAGUUGUAUUCAAUACACAACUCUGGAGAUAAAUCAGACAUACAGGAUCUGCUGGAGAGUGUCAGGCUGGAUAAAGAGAAAGCAGAGAGCUUGGCCAGUGGUCUGCAGGAAGAGCUGGCACACACCCGCAACGACGCCAAUCGACUGCAAGACGCCAUUGCUAAGGUUGAAGAUGAAUACAGAGUGUUCCAAGAAGAAGCCAAAAAACAAAUUGAGGAUCUCAAUGUGACUCUGGAAAAACUUCGGACAGAACUAGACGAGAAAGAGACUGAGAGAAGUGACAUGAAAGAAACUAUCUUUGAGUUGGAGGAUGAAGUGGAGCAGCAUCGUGCUGUGAAGCUUCAUGACAAUCUCAUCAUAUCUGAUUUGGAGAAUACAGUUAAAAAACUUCAGGACCAAAAGCAUGACAUGGAAAGAGAGAUAAAGAAUCUUCACAGGAGACUGCGGGAGGAGUCAGCGGAGUGGCGCCAGUUCCAGGCAGACCUGCAGACUGCAGUGGUGAUUGCAAACGAUAUCAAGUCCGAGGCCCAGGAGGAGAUCGGGGACCUGAAGCGCAGAUUGCACGAAGCUCAGGAGAAGAACGAGAAGCUCACGAAGGAGCUGGAGGAAAUCAAGUCACGCAAGCAGGAAGAGGAACGUGGCCGAGUGUACAAUUACAUGAACGCUGUAGAGAGGGAUCUGGCAGCUCUGAGGCAGGGAAUGGGCCUGAGCCGCAGAUCCUCCACCUCCUCCGAGCCCACCCCCACUGUGAAAACGCUCAUCAAGUCCUUCGACAGCGCCUCCCAAGUUCCAAGCCCUGCUGCUGCCACAAUUCCUCGCACUCCCCUGAGCCCAAGUCCCAUGAAAACUCCCCCAGCUGCUGCUGUAUCCCCUAUGCAGAGGCAUUCUAUUAGUGGGCCAAUCUCAGCUUCCAAACCCCUUGCUACCCUGACAGACAAACGACCAAGCUAUGCAGAAAUUCCUGUUCAAGAACAUCUGUUGAGAACAUCCUCUACCAGCCGACCGGCGUCCUUGCCAAGAGUACCUGCUAUGGAAAGUGCCAAAGCUAUUUCUGUCUCUCGAAGAAGUAGCGAAGAAAUCAAGCGGGAUAUCAGUGCCCCCGACGGAGCAUCUCCAGCAUCUCUCAUGGCAAUGGGCACCACCUCCCCACAGCUGUCCCUCUCUUCUUCUCCUACAGCAUCAGUCACCCCUACAACCAGAAGUCGAAUAAGGGAAGAGAGGAAAGAUCCCUUGUCUGCCCUAGCAAGAGAAUAUGGAGGAUCCAAGAGAAAUGCUCUGCUGAAGUGGUGCCAGAAGAAAACAGAGGGAUACCAGAAUAUUGACAUAACAAACUUCAGCAGCAGCUGGAAUGAUGGCUUGGCUUUCUGUGCAGUGCUCCACACUUACCUCCCAGCCCAUAUUCCCUAUCAAGAACUAAACAGCCAGGACAAGAGAAGAAAUUUCACUUUGGCUUUUCAGGCAGCUGAAAGUGUUGGCAUCAAAUCUACUCUGGACAUCAAUGAAAUGGUGCGCACGGAGCGGCCGGACUGGCAGAAUGUCAUGCUGUACGUUACAGCCAUUUACAAGUACUUUGAAACCUGAGCCCCGAGCAUUCCACGGCAGAGAACCCACGGGAGCUACCAGAUGGAAACCUUACUGAAAUGCUAGUCCCCAUUUCACUGAAAACUGGCAACAUUUGAGUCCCCUCAAACUUCAGUGGCGCUAUCCUGGAUUGCCUCAGAUUGCUGCAGCUACUAAGCCUGGAAACAACUGUUCGGAGCGAGAACUUGUUGCCACAGUGCUUGGAAUAACCCAAGUUAUUAAGCUAUUCAGAUUAAUUAUGUAGCCUAAAGAGCCUGGACUACUUAUGUGCUGCCUUUCCAGUCUGACUUCCUGAAGCUUUUUUUCCUGGGAGAGUGAGAUGAAUGCACACAGGAGACUGAAUGUACAGAUAAAGCUUUGAGAAGGAAAAGGAUAACAUGGCAUCAUAUUACUGAAUUUUCUGUAGCAUCCUGACACCACAGAGUCUGAAUAUUCUACCCACAGCAUAUGGCAGCCCAAUGCAGUAGAGUUCUUAAUGGUAACUUAGUUACUGCCUAUACAGCUAUUUUCCAUCCUUUAAAAUGUGCACAAUAUUCUAGGAAAACAAGCUUUUGUUCCAUAAUGACAAAUUGAGGGGAAAAGUGCUCUUGAUACCUCGAAAAAUUUGGCACAGAAGAAGUCUUCAUUCUAAAGCUUCAUUAUAGGCCUACCUCUGUCACAGUGAUGUGGCUUUCAUCUUUAUCUUAUGGAUUGUAAGCACUAGCACACGCAGCUCCUGGCUUUCAGGGUACACUCUACUUCAAGGAAUCUGUGCAAACUCCCUGUGCUUCCAUUAUGACAGAAAUGAAUCAAUAAUUAACCCUUGUAUGGCUUGUUCUUCCCUCUCCUCCUUUGCCUGUACAGCACACUCAGCUACCCUGGGCUUUAUUCUACAGCAAUACGAGCACACAUCACGGAUAUCUGUGGGACAAGUUUGGAACUGGGAUAGCAUUUUCUCUGCAGAGAAGAUAUUUUCAAUAAGAUGUAACAGUGAAAUAGUUGGUCUCCAAAUCCAGCUUUGCCAUGUUUCCUGUGUGUUUUUCAUUGAUAUUGCACAUCCUCAUCUGACUGACAGAAGGUGAGAUGUUCUGUGACCAGAACUAUGGAGGAACUGAUGUAAUGUGUGUACACCCAGUAGUCUCAAAUAUUGUGUGGAAAUGACUCACUGUCACAAGGAAGGAAUUGAGAAACUUUAGUCUGCUCAACUUCUUUUUUUUGUUGUUUUUUUUCCCCUAAAAUGUACCUGAAUUCAUUUAGCAGCUCUUGGGCAAAAGAGUUUUAAGUGCCUUAGAGAUCAUUGAAUUGAUACGUCCUGGCACUUCAGGGCCUUGUGUGGAAUGUUAAUGGCUCAGAAUUCAUGUAUCCAUUUGUCACAAGCUGUUUGUUGUCAUCUUGUUUGUUGAACCAAGGGAAGACUUCACUCUGUCAUUGCUUCUGCCUCUUACUUUUCUGAACACCCAUCAGCAGUUAAGCCACAUCUCUCAUUAAUAUUAAGCAGAAGCCAAGUUGAGCAGUGAGCUCUGUAACAGCUGCAGUUUAUAAGCACAGGCUCUUCCAACACAGUAACCCUGUUGUAAGGAAAAUGAAUCUGCCCUUCCUAUGGUGCUCUUACGACUGUUAAGGACAGUUUGAAUGUCAUAGAUGUUAACCCAGUGAAUGCAACUGUGCUUGGCAUCUGUGAAGCUUCUUCAUGGUAUAAAAGCACAGAUUUAACUCAAAAGUAUUGCCAAAUCCAAAAACUAUCAUCUGAAGAACACAGCCCACGUGAAGAGUAAUAAUUCAGCAUGUCUAGCAUUGUAUAAGAAAAUACACUUACACUGAUAUGUGCCUGUGAGAAUUAUGAAACUUUGUAAAACAACUACUUAACACACACUGAGGGACUUUGGAGAAGUUUUCAGAGCAGCAGUGGCUCCUACAUUCUUACAGCUCUUUAGCACUAGAAGUAGCCUAGAUACCCUCAGAUUAUUAACUGGUGCAUUUGAAGAGCCAACACUAUCUAAAGACUCUCGCUGCAAGAGAGAUUUCAAGUCAAAAAUCUUCAUUAACAGAUUUUAAUAGAAGUCUGAAAUGCAGUUUCCUCUUCUGUAUAUUUCUUCACAAAAUUUGUUUGCUUCAUUUCUUAAGUUUCAGGAAGAAUAGUCUUGUUGGAAAUCCACAUUACCGCUGUCUUGUAUUCUACUACUACUACUAAAUUCCAGAUUUUGCCACUUAGUGUUUAAAAUUCCCUUCUAUUUAUCCUCUGAACAGAUAUCCUUAUCUAUGAUUGUCUUAUUCAUUGCCUUAGAUUUAAAAAAAUAUUUUUCUAUUGAAAAGGGAUAGCAUUUCUUGGUCUAAAUUCACUCCUGACCUGUUUUGGUGAGGUAAUUUGAGCUUUGAGCUGAUUUGCUUUCUGUCCAGUGGUCAACUUCAUUUACCUGGAAUGUUGUUUGAGUCCUUAACUGCAAUAACACUAAUAGUUGUAAAAGGAGAAAUCAUGUUUGCCAGAUGCUUUCUGUUAAAAAGAGCUGCUCUUUCUUGAGAAAGAGAGAGAAAAGCUAGCAGUGAUGAUAAAAAUGACCUUGUUUGGAACUUCAGAGCUCUGUAAACUUCUUCUUGGUGUGAUCUGUCUGAUAAACCUCUGUGAAUUCAGCCCAGGAACACUGGGCUUCAUGAAGAGUUUUUUGUAUAAUGAUGUAUCUGAGCCUUUACAUUUGAGGUGCUGCACAGCUGGGUGGAAGUAAUGAAGCAAUGGAAGAUCUAAAACAAACACAAUGCCCUGCUGCACUCUGCAACAGGUUUUUUCUGAAGGUUCAAAACACAUUCAGUUUUUCAAGAGGAAAAAUAACUGCAUCCCUUCUGGAUAUCUGGAAGAUACUGUUGUGUUUGGUUCCUACUCAUAGUUAAUCCUGAAACAGCCUGGUUUUUUCACCAUCAUGUAAAGUGCAAGUUUAUGCUGAUUUACUUUCCUUUUAAUCCAGAAAAUAUUUCUGAAUGUACUGAAAAAGGGCAAAUAUUUUCUCAUCCAUUUAUAUUAUUGCAUUUUACUAUGUGCCUUGCAAAUGCCUGUGCUGUAGGAUAUCAGGGUUACUCGUUGCCAGCUGUAGGGCUGGGGUGGGCAACAAAAGGAGCUGUUGGACAUCCUGAUGCAGGUACAGCUGGAUCAUCCUCUGGAUCUGUAGAUGUUACACUUGAUUUGGUUUUCAGUUGGUUGUGUUCGAUUUGGUUGUCUUCUUAAAUAGAAACACUAAUUUAGUAUCUUUGGUGUGAAUCUCUGGCCCUCACAAAAGCCUUCUCAUUUCCAUGCCUCUGAAAAACUGUGAGUGAAAUUUUCCCUUUUAAAACUGUGUUUGUGGAUAGGCUGUCCAGAAUGUAGUAUAUAAUUGCAUCAGAUUCUGAUUUAUGGGUAGAUUUUUAUGUCUUUUGCAUAAAAUAUAUUCUUUGAGUUAUGUGUAGCAUUUCUGAUAAUUUUGUUGUCUCCAAUUUUAUAAAAUAUUUCCACUCUGUGUUUUCCUGUGAAGUCCAUUGUCAUGGUUUAGGAGGCCCUUAAUUUGCCAGAGCUAAAUGAACUUGGCUUUAAUUUAUUGGUGUAAACUCACAUUAAUAUCCCUGGCAGCAGCUGUGCUUUGGUUUUACAUGCAUAAGGAGAAAUAAAUCGGGCCCUUGCUAUAAUGGUGCAGUACAGUGGUUUAAACUGCUGAGGAUCUGCCUUAUAAAUCGUGUAGCUGUGGCAGAAAAAAUUCUCAUUGGAGACUCAUUUCUGUGACUGAUCUCAGUGUUAAGUUCUUACCUGUUUUUUUCAGAUCUGUGAUUCAACACUUCAGGCAUUUGGAUUCUUUUGCAUCACCAAAAAAUUACUUUCGCUCAGUUUUCUCUGUUUCUGUACCAAAUUGGCCCAGGGCACAAUUUUUAUUAGACCUGAAUUUUAACUAAUUUUAACUAAGAUUGUCGGGGAAGUUGGAGAUUUGGAGAACUUCUGGGUGUUUUUCUUAUUUUCUGUGUUCUUGUGCCUGGUGUGGGAAGGCUGUCUGGUGUUCAGGUGGUGUGUGACAGCAUCUCCCAAAGCUGCCCCCUGGGAUGGCUGCUGUGAAGCUAUGCAUUGGCUAAAGUUAAGCCUUUAAAACUGUGUUCAUGUGAUUUGUGGGGACUUUACUUCUCAAUUGCCUCUUGUAACUAACACAGCCACAGCUGAGCUGCAGCUGCAUCAGGCAGGAGCUGUUAAGGGGCUAAAUUCUGCUGGGAAGGAAUGCAGUUGUACACCUUUAUGCUAUUUUUUGCCUAUUGUGAGUAAUGGUCUUGCUGAGGUAACCUAGAAAGAGGAUUUUAAGAUAAGUAAUGUUCAUGUACAGACUGAAUUAACUGUAUAGUUUGUUUGUGGUCCUUCCCUUGACUUAGACAAUAUUUAUUUCUGUUUUAUUUUUACGUUCUGCCAAGCUCUAUUUCUGCAGUUCCUUUCUUUAAGCUACAUUAGUGUAUGAGUGCUCAGUAAUAUUAGCCAGUUUGAGAAAUUAUUUGGUGAGAAGUGCUGUUAAAGUGUCUUCCUCAUCUAUGAGUUCUAGACAUGCUUUCCUGAGUUAGUGUGUGUUGAGUGGCAAAACAUAGACAUCUCAAUACAUUUACUUGUCCCUGUUCAGAAAAGCAUCUUUAAUAGUGUUUCUGCUUUCACAGGAGAGUGGCUGGAUGGGUUUUAAAUUAGAGUGUUGCUUGCUGGGCAUUCCCAGUCCUUCCCUCAUCUAAGUUUCUUUUGUUGUAUUCCCUGAUUUCAGAAUCAGUGUUGUAGUACACCUUAUAAUUAUCAAAGCCGAGAUGUUAAGCAUCUGGAAUAUGUAGCAAGUAUGCUUUUAAUAAUUACUGCUAAAUAACUUAAAAGAUUGUGGUUUGUACAGUUCUGAUUCCUGUUAAUUGAUACAAAUGUCUUUCUUUCCUUAUGUUUUUGCUACACUUGCCAGUUGUUGGGGUGCAACACCCUCCAACUCAGUUUGACAAAGCCACUGUCCCCCCCCCCUCGAGUUAAUUCGUUCUGUGAUAUUAGAAUUAUUUCCUCCCACUGAAACUUCAGUAAAACCUAUGAUUACCAGAUGACUUUCUUCCAACUGACAUUAGCUUUUACUUGGAAUAUUCCUUACCCUUAGGCCACUGUCUGCCACAGAGUUGCACAUAAAGUUCCCAUCAGUUCCAGCAGGACUUGGGGAUGCAGAACAGUAGGGCAAACUUUUGGCAGAGUAUUACAGCAGCCUCAUGCAAUUAAGCUGGUUUCAUUUUAAUCCCCUAUUUUCAGGGGGUUUCAGUUUAGGCAAAAUCAUUUACUGAAGGCUGAAAUGUGGCAUGUUAGUUCUCCACUGGGAAGUUUGCUUCUGUUUAAUAAUAUUUUUAUGAGAUUGUAUUUAUGGAAAUGGAAAGGAAAAUGUCAUGAAGCUAGUUUUGUUGCACUUUUCUAAGGCUUUUGUAUUUUGCAUAGUUCUAGAAUAUGAGCAAGUUGUUUGGGGAAGCCAAGGCUUAAAACUGGCUCUGCCCCAGCAUAGCAAUGUAUUCUGUGCAUUUUCACCCUCGUGAUCUAUGUAUUAUUUUAAUUGCAUGUAACUGGUGUAUUUAUAUGGUAGUGAGGGAGCCCAGUGGACAUUUCCUGCUGCAGAGGAGCCAUUGGCAGUCCUGGUUCCACGGAUCACAAACUGACCUGUUCUCACUGUAGACUGCACUUGCAGUAAUGGAAUGGUCCAGCUUUGAUUCUGAACUCUGUUUCAACAAACAGGGGGAAAGAGGCUCUUCUUUUUUUUUUUUUUCUUUUUUUGUUCCAUUGUUGAAAUUUCUCUGGAGGCUUUCCAGUUUUUGCAUAUGUUCAAUUAGGAUGGUUACUUGGGACUCAGUUCAGCUAAGAGGGCACAAGUACAUGUAACAUACUCAAGUGAUUAAUCCUUGUAACUUACAACAUUUCAGUUUGUUAGAAACUUCUGGUUUUAUGUGUAUUGUAAGGUUAAUUUUUAUGUCUUUAAGUAGCACUUUUAUAUAUAUCUGAAGGGUUUUUUUGAACAGAAGUGUUUUUUCUGUGUUAUCUAAUGGGAAGAAAGAAUAACACUACUAAACAAGGCAUAGACCAGUUUGCCUCCAGACUGUAAGUUCACUUUAGGUCAGUAGUGAUCAAGAGUUGUUCAAUGUGUCUGAAAUAAGGUGGUGAUCCCAUUUAAUGUUGGGCAACUCUCCCGAUCAGAAUCAGAAGGGCAUUAAUUGGUACCUCCACCCCUCGGGUGAGGGUGCUUCAGUUCAGGUGUGAGGCAGAACUGACAGAGCAGUGUGAUGAACUUCAGAUUUUGUGGAAGAAUAGGAUUGUAUUGAUGUCUCAGUCUGACUUCACAGCACUAUAUUGGAUAAGGACUAACCUUGUUUGAGAUGACACUGCAGCCAGUAAUAAUAUCUCCUAAAUAGCUAAUUUAAAGCUCGUUUUCCAUGGCCUUUAAAGAUGAUGUAAAAAACAGUGAUUCUUAAAAGCUCUUCUCAUCCAUCCAGCUUUUCUGAUUUGUUUUCGUUUUACUCUUCCUUGAAACACAACUGUUUUAUGUCAGUCUUUGUGUGGGUUUAGUAAUUCUUGUUCUAGACAACAAGUACUUUGCUUUUUUCCCAGAACCCUUUUGAAUAGUUUACACACACACAUUGACAUGUAUGGACAUUUUUCAUAGAGAGGGUUUGCAUAAAUGUGUAAUUGUACAUAUAUAUACACACAUGUAUAAACGUGUGUGUACAUAAAUGUACUUCAGGUUCUGAAUAAAAUGGAACAUGUUUCAAGAAGUGCUUGUCUUGGAUACUUAGGGUGGUGUAUUAGUGUAUUUAUUUAAAUGAUAAAGAGGAAAAACCAUUUUGUUUGCUUCUGGUUAGAGCUGAGAAAUACAGGUUUGAGGAGAACUUGGACAAAUGUUCCAAUUGUAUUUCACCCUGGUUUCAUUUCUGGUUUGAAAGGCACAAGCUGUUAAUCAUUGGAACUUAAGAAGUCAGCAAGCCUGUGUUAAGCUAAACCUUUUGGAGGACCCAAUAUGCUUUUAGUUUGCAAGGACCAUUAAAGAUCUGGGCAUUUACUUUCUCCAUAAUAUAUUCUGUAUGAGUAUUUAGUAUGUAUGCCUUCGAUUUGCCAAUGUUGCCAUGUUUUCUUCUUAAUUAUUCCUGAAAUAAAGGUUGCAAAUAGCA